CCAAAACAAAAAACAUCCUUAUUCUACCCGCACAAGCCACAUUACCCCGCCCGCGACUUCGACUGGCUGCAGUGUUGUACUUGCUGCCGCAUUUGUUUCCGGAAAGAUACAGGCGUGGCGGCGGCGGCGGCGUUUCUUACCGUCUGCUGGGAAGCAGAAAUAGGGUAAGAGCGAAUUGUUGUUAUAAGGACGGGAACAGAAAUCGCUACUACAUGGAUGCGGGCGGGCUUGACUCCGAGGGGCGUGAUUUCAGAAAUGCAGAGGAGAUGUGGAGAGAAGUAGCGGGAGAUGAUGGAAGCAAAUCUCAGUGGUACAGUUCUGCCAUUCGUUAUUGGGAGAAUGUGGAAGCAACCGUCGAUGGAGUGCUGGGCGGGUAUGGGAAUGUGAAUGAUGCGGACGUAGCCGCAAGUAAUGAAUUUCUAACUACCAUUUUGGCCGAAAGGUUUCCAGCUCAGAGGGACGCUGCAAGCCCGGCUUCCCGCAUUGUAGCUCUAGAUUGUGGCUCUGGAAUUGGAAGGGUCACCAAGAAUGUGCUUAUAAGGCAUUUUAAUGAGGUUGACCUCCUUGAGCCCGUGCCACAUUUUUUGGAGGCUGCUCGUGCGAGUUUGGCUCCUGAAAAUUUAACUGCGCCUGGGAUGAACAGAGUUGCCAAUUUUUUCUGUAUUCCACUUCAGGACUUCACUCCUGAGGCAGGAAGAUAUGAUGUUAUAUGGGUUCAGUGGUGUAUUAACCAACUUUUUGAUGAUGACUUCAUUGCAUUUUUCAAGAGAGCAAGGAUUGGCCUUAAACCUGGUGGUCUUUUUGUAUUAAAGGAAAACAUUGCGAAAGGAGACCCUGUAUUGGACAACACAGAUAAGAGCAUCACCAGGUCGGAUAAACGUUUCAAGGAGCUCUUCGAUCAAUGCGGACUUUUUCUUUACAAGACGAAGGAUCAAAAGGGGUUCCCUGUUGAAUUAUUUGCUGUAAAGAUGUAUGCAUUGACAACAGAGAUGCCCAAACCGAGACGAUCAUUUGACAACAGACGCAAAUCUAAAAGGCUGUCUAAUCAACCUGCCAUCAUCAAGGAGGAAAUAUGAUCUCUGGUCUCGGGAUUUCUGCUUGAUAUGUGGAGCCAGGCAAUUUUUGAGCAGUUUCAAGUUACUUUUUCCUCUUCCCUCUUUGCCUAAACGCUUUGAUUUACUGUGUCUGACUUCGCACCCAGCUUAAGACUAUAAAAUUAUGAGGGUGAUAUUUUUUCUUUUUAAAUGAAAUAAUUGUUAGAAAAAUGUGUGAAAAAUUGCAUUAAAUGGCUAUUUUGGGGCAAUUUUUUGAAUGGGGUCCACUUCCGAUUUGGGUGGGUUCAAAG